UUUCACUCUUCAUGAUUCUUGAAGUCUUGGACACCCAUCUCCAACCACGUCAUGAUCUCACGUAUCCUUGCACGCGCGGCAGUCCGCCGGCCAUCCCAUGCUUUCGCAACACGCUCCUUCUCCUCCCCGACAGCAGAGGAUGUCGCGCGUCUUCGUGCGCUCGCUCCCUCCACGCUUUCGACGCUGGACGGAAGCGCGGACGAGUCUGAUCUUGAGGCCUUCAACACCGACUGGAUGCGCAAGUACCGCGGGCGUAGUGCUGUUGUUGUCAAGCCGCGCUCUGUGCAGGAGGUUUCGGCUGUCAUGCAGUACUGCGGUGCACACAAUCUUCCGGUUGUGCCGCAGGGCGGUAACACCGGGCUAGUCGGCGGGUCUGUUCCGCUUGGCGAGGAGGUUGUGCUCUCGCUCGGCAGCAUGAGUCGCGUCCGCUCCUUUGAUCCUGUUUCGGGGAUCCUGGUCGCAGACGCCGGGCUCAUUCUAGAGGCGGCAGACGCCUAUCUCGCCGAGCGCGGGUACAUCUUUCCCCUCGACCUUGGGGCAAAGGGUUCAUGCCACAUCGGGGGCAACGUCGCGACCAAUGCUGGCGGUCUUCGACUCCUACGCUAUGGCAGCCUGCGAGGCAGCGUUGUCGGUCUUGAGGCCGUCCUGGCCGACGGGACGAUAUGGAACGGCCUUAAAACCUUGCGGAAGGAUAACACGGGCUUUGACAUCAAGCAGCUAUUCAUCGGGUCUGAGGGCACGCUGGGCGUCAUCACAGGGAUCGCGAUCCAGUGCCCGCGUCGUCCGGCAGCGCUGCGUGUUGCCGUAUUCUCCGCCAGCUCGUAUGAAGCUGUGCAGCAGGUGUACGCGGACGCGCGGCUGAUGCUGGGAGAGACGCUCUCGGCGUUCGAGGUUUGGGAUGCGCCGUCGUAUGCCUAUGUGCGCGCGCAUCAGACCAGCAGCCGACGUCUUUUCGAGACGGAGGGCGAGUUCUAUUGCCUCGUCGAGAUGGGUGGGAGUAAUCCUGAGCACGACGAGGAACGUCUUGGCGCCUUCAUCACCCACCUGAUGGAAGAGGGUCAUGUGCUCGACGGCGUGGUAGCGCAGGACGAGACACAGUUCGCAGGUCUCUGGGCUCUCCGUGAGGGCAUUCCGGCUGCAUGCUCCGCCGUCGGCGCCGCGUACAAGUACGACCUCUCGAUCCCUGUUAAUGAGAUGUACGCCGUAGUGGAGGAGAUGCGCGCGCAUCUACACGAUGGUCUUCGAGAUGGACGAAUCCGCGGCGUCGCAGGCUUCGGGCACAUGGGUGACGGUAACCUUCACUUGAAUGUCAUUGCCGAUGAAUUUUCAGACGAGAACAAGCGCGACAUUGAGCCGUUUGUGUAUGAGAUUGUCGCUCGGCGCGGCGGGUCCAUCUCAGCCGAACACGGCCUGGGAGUCAUGAAGGCACCAUACAUCGGCUACUCGCAGACUGGCGUUUCCAUCGACCUCAUGAGGCGCAUCAAAGGCCUGUUUGAUCCUAAGGGCAUCCUGAAUCCGGGCAAGUUUGUCCUGUAGUGCAGUUAUGAGCCAACACUCCACAGCACCCGAUGAGGGCCAUAAGAAGGAGGGUGCCAUGCAUACCCUCACCUUGUCCUCGUCGAACUUACCUCGCAGAAGUUGGUGGAGGGGCGUGAUUUGGAUGCCAUGCUAGGCCUGAUAGGGCCGUACAGGUGCAUCUCAUUCUUUCCAAGCCCCACGCAUGCACACAGCUUGCACCCUG